AUGAGCUCAAUCACCUACCCAUCUAAUGUAUCAACAGCAACAUUACGCACGGAUGCAUCGACAUCCACUCGCCCAAUCGAGCCAGCACAGCCUUCGCUGCUCUCGUCCAUCAUGACGACCCCUUACCUGCCGUGGGCGACCAGUGCCGUACUGUGAGCACUCACAGAUAGCUCAGCUCGCAUGGUGGUCGUCUAGCAAUCACUUAUACUUGUCCCAACUGGUGCAGACUCGCCUCUGUCCCGCCUUGCGUUAAAGCCCCGCUUGGAUUCCCUCAUCUCGUUCAACUGCCGCUUUUUGCUCUCAUCUUUGGUGGUUCAGGGUGAGCAACUGUGUCCCUUGAAUGGGUUUUUUUCAUACGCAACGCCAUGUUGAAACUUGUCUACUCUCCUUGAUCCAGGUACAUGAUCCGAGCUGGAGAUCCUUACAACGGAGCAGGCACCACGACAGGUAAAUUUCACCACGAUCGACGACCUUUAUCUCCCGAGCAGCCGAGUCAACCAGGCAUAAAGUCCGCAGAUUGAUACUUGUUCCUGGUCUCUUCUUUCCCCGUUAGCCUGGUCUCUCACCUACCUCUUCUUCCACGGACGCAAAGCUUUCGCUUCGAAGAAACCAAUCCCGAUCUUGCUCGCUUCGACAAUGGCCACUCAGGCACUAGUAGCGGGUGGUUUUUACUGGAGCAGUGAUGAGGAUGGGGAUGAGGAACGAACAGGGAGUGGUAAAAUUGGUGUAGUGUAA